CCAAAUCCCGGUCGAGGCUUGAUAUUUUCCCGUAGGCUUCAGGCUUCAGUCCCUUGAAUAGCGCAGGGGGAAUUUCACAUUUCACGUCGCGCACUCGUACAGAUAACGACUUUCUCUGGAAUGAUUGAGUAACCAUUUGUUAGUGGCCUCGCGUUACGCGCUAUUUUCAAUUAACACGAUGGGGAAAUUUUAGUACGUGCAUUUCUUGUGCUAAUGUGAAGUUCAUUUCAUUCAGUAAAUACAAAAUUGUUAAUUGAUCGUGAGUAUUGACUCAAGGUGAAGUGGUCGUCGGUCAAAUGGCCGUAACAGGUUGAUCUGGUCUAAGCAUGAUUUGAAUUAAUCAGAAGGCGCCUUCGCAGACGCAUGGUGCGCGAUAAUGGGGGGGCCGCGGCGCAUGUCAAGUGCGCUGCUGCUGCCCUUCGCGUUGCUGUCGCUACCGCACACGAACGCCGCAAAUGCAACCUCCUAUCGGGAAGAGGUAGAAUCAUCAUUGCGACUUGUGCACGCGGUGGCUACAGGAGCGACCGGCGCGCUUUGCGUGACACACCGCUACGGUCGUCUACGAGCACCGCUACACACGACACGAUGGGACACGGCGCGGGCCCGAGCCGACUUGGCUGCCAAUUUAUUGCAUCAGCUCGGAUUGGAAACGGCUGAAGUACUCAUGGCGGUUUCAAAAGGCUUAGUUUUGGGAGCCAGCCCGACCGAACGUGCUGUUGGAUCGAGAGCAUUAGCUCUGAGAAGCGAUGGUGUUGUCAACAGUGCGGUCGCUUGGGAAAGAUAUGGAACCGCUGAGCCUGUUGCAGUUGUUUCACCGCAGUUGGAGAAGCCUCCGGACCCGGAAUAUCCAUGGUAUGUCUCAGCACACGAGAGCGAAUCUCUUCGCUCGCCAAAGUUCAUGCCUUCUUCUCCCGGUGCCACAAUGGAAGGAUGGUGGACUUAUCCAUACUACAGUUGCGGGGCGAAACGGUGGCUCUUAUCUUAUACCGUACCCGUCUCCACUAUACGAGGGUUAAAAGGUAUUGUUUCACUGGACAUAGACAUAUCCAAUUUGGAAAUAAACCAGUGCGAGACAGAUAUAUUUGAUGAAAAUGAUAACCAAAUAUAUUCCUUUCACGGAACUCAUAAAUGUCCCAAUGAAACUACAUACUGCGAAUACAAACAGAGUCGUGAAAUGAACGUUCGUCACACUGGUUGGGCGAGAGGAUCAUAUGUUUGUAGAUGCAGACCUGGCUUCUAUUCAAUUCAUCAUCCCGAAGGGUACAAUGGAUCUGUCAUUGAAGUCGCUUACCAAGAAUACGAAGAGAACGGAUUAGAGAACUGGAGUGCACCAUACGAAUGCCUGAAAUGUCAACCAGGAUGUAUUACAUGCCGAGGCCCCGAACCAUGCCUUGCCACCUACAACUGGCCAUUUCGGAUAUCUUUGCUAGUAAUAUCAAUGAGCUGUGUAGUGAUGACUGUAUGUCUUACAAUAUACACACGUCACCAUCGCCGAGUAAAAGUGUUCCGAGUAGCCAGUCCUGUUUUUCUCUCAAUUACUCUUCUUGGAUGUGCCAUUAUGUACAUGGAGAUGGCUGCUAUUUUCCCAGUUCUUGAUAGGUACUCCUGUAUUGCAACAAAAUGGACUCGACACAUGGGAUUUUGUAUUACAUACACAGCACUUCUCAUGAAGACUUGGAGAGUAUCCCUCACAUAUCGGGUGAAAUCAGCACACAAGUUGAAAUUAACGGAUAAACAAUUAUUGCAAUGGAUGGCUCCUAUAUUACUUAUCAUGUUGGUAUACCUUUGUACAUGGACAUUGUCUUCACCGCCUGAUGCCGAAGUCAUAAUGGACAAUAAAGGAUUGAAAUUCAAGCAGUGUGUAUAUAAUUGGUGGGAUCAUAGUUUAGCUAUAGGUGAAAUCCUUUUCCUGCUAUGGGGUGUUCGUGUUUGUUACCGUGUACGUCACGCGGAGAGCUUGUACAAUGAAGCUAAGCUAAUCUCCUUUGCAAUCUACAACAUAUUCACUGUAAAUUCCUUGAUGAUUGCCUUCCAUUUGCUGAUAUUACCACAAGCCGGUCCUGACAUAAAAUAUUUGCUGGGAUUCAUAAGAACGCAACUGUCGACUUCGACUACGGUUUUGCUCGUAUUUCUACCAAAAGUUUUACGCGUAGUUCGUGGUACGGGGGAUACGUGGGAUAGCAGGGCUCGCGCCCGAGGUGCUCCGGCUUCCUCAUCGCUAAAUGGCAUCGGGCUGGUGCCAGACGAACCCCCGGAUUUGUACCAGGAGAAUGAAGAACUUAAGGAGGAAGUACAGAAACUGGCAGCCCAAAUUGAAUACAUGAAAAUAGUACAAAUGGAGAAGAACAAUCGGCAUCUGAGACCGCGGCCCGGCGGCUACUUCACGUCCAAUACCCAAGCGCCGCAGAGCCCCAUGCACCCAAAGACCGUUUCUCAGGACAGUACAGAAUACCCGGGGCCGGUGUGACGUGUGGCGCUGAGCGAGAGCGGCUGGCUGUGGCCCGGGCCCGCGGCGCACAACGUGCUCACUGCACUCGACUGCCGUCCGCCCGCGUUUGUUUGAAUACGCAACACUCCACCGCCGCAACAUGAACACACGCACGAACAUCACGAAAUGAGGGAUUCACUCACUGUAAAAUACCAGCCCGAAUAGUGGUGCCUGUAAGUACGUAAAUUCACUUUUGUUUUAAGCAUCGGUACACUUGGCUCCAUUUUCCAUGCCAGAAAUUUGCGGAAUUAUUGGGCCAGCCAUUCGACGAAUCCGAUUUCGAAUCACGUCUACAACAUACGGCUACCGAUUGAUAAUCAUUUGAUAUAAACUUUAAGCAAACGGAAUAACUAACUAAAAGAUAUAAUAUGUCAUGUACAAAGACGAGCCUAGCUCACAUGUAUCUUUCCAAUAAACAUAUAGUAUAUUCUUAAUGAAAGAAAAACCAUGUAAAGCAUACAAAAUUAAUAAUAAAUAGAUUAGACAAAACAAACGUACAUAAACAAUUAAAUAUCAGGAUAAUUUUGUAAACCAUAUCAAAAAAAGGUCAGUGUUAUUGAAUAAUUAAAAUAAUGUUAAAUUAAAAUAACAAUUAUCGUCGUAUUGCCGUCUACAAAAAUAAGUCACCUCAUUUCUUCAAAUCAUUGAGUGAAAUUAUUUUGCGUGUAAAAACUUUGAUUGUUGUAAUGCCGAUCUCGCCUGCGCUUUCUUUUUAUUGGCGAAUAUUUUGCUUGUAAAAAAAACCUGUAUAACUAUUAAACAGUGUAAUUUACGCUAAUUAUGUUAAUUGAAUAUACAUAUCGUCUUCAACGUACUAAUCUUGUUGUUAAUAUUGUAUUUUGUACUAUAGCCAAUCAUUAUUUAAAUUUUCUGCUAGUCACAAAAUCAAAGAUUAAUUAAGUAAGUGUUCAGUAGUUGUCAGUAAAUAUAACCAGUAUGCUUAAUUAUGAUAUUAUUAUUAAUCAAUAGGUAUAUUUGAUGCAGUGCAUCAAAACUAGAAAAGUUAAUUUAUCCUAUAGGACCAUCAGUGUGGGUUGUAAUUUUGUUCUGGUUUUUGUCAGUUGAGUCACAAUAUAAAAUGGUUUGUUACGUGCUUUUUUUUAUUGCUUAGAUGGGUGGACGAGCUCCCAGCCCACCUGUUGUUAAGUGGUUAUUGGAGCCCAUAGACAUCUACAACGUAAAUGCGCCACCCACCUUGAGAUGUGAGUUCUAAGGUCUUAGUUUUCACAGUACAACGGCUGCCUCAAACCGAAACGCAUUACUGCUUCACGGCAGAAAUAGGCAGUGUGGUGGUACCUACCCGCGCGGACUCACAAUACCACCAGUAAUUACGCAAAUUAUAAUUUUACGUGUUUGAUUUUUAUUACAAGAUGUUAUUUCUUCACCGUGGAAGUCAAUCGUGAACAUUUGUUGAGUUCGUAUUUCCUUAGAAAAAUUGGUGUCCGCCUGAGAUUCGAACACCGAUGCAUCGCUCAACACGAAUGCACCGGACGUCUUAUCCUUUAGACCACGACUUCAAAUCUUAAAUGUUAUCGGAAACUUUAAAUUUCUAAUAGAUCAUACACAUGAAAUGAGAAAAAAUAGUCUAUUUACCCUUUUCUUAGGUAUGUUGCAUUUUUACUUUUAAAAAAUUUGUCAGUAUUAUUGAUUUUCUUUUAAAUUAUGUUUUAAAUUACUCUAAUGAAUUUGUAAUUGGAAAAUAUAUGAAUUCUUAAGCAAUUUGAUUACCUAUAUUUAAUAUUAUGAAUGUUUAGUUAAAUAGAAAAAAAUAAGAAAAAUAGUUAUUAUUUUUGCUAUAUUAAUCUAUUUAAUAUGGGGAAUGGCUAGUGUACUUUAUUAGAACAGACAAUAAGGUUAAAAAUAUUUAAUGUAUUGAUAAAAUUUAUUUGGAGUGUAAUUAACAAAGUCAUUUGGAAUAUUUUUAAGGACUUUAUUAAUGAAAUACAAAUUGAGUCUUAAUUAACUAGGAAAAUAUAAUAUUCACCUAAAUCAUAAAUUAUAAACUAAUUAAUUAGCAGACAAGGAUGUAAAUAUAAGAAAAAAAAUAUAAAGCAGCAAUUCUAAAGCAUUGUAUAUAAUAUCUCAAUUUUUCUUUGUUAAUCAAUGCAUAAUGUGUUUGUAAAGUAAUCUGUAUUAGCAAUAUUAAAUAUGUAUCAUAUUUAUUAGUAAAACUAAUAAUUUUGUUAUAUGUCUUAAACUAUUAACAUUAUUGUGUGUUUUGAAGUGUGGUUGCAUUCAUUUUCAAUUGACUUAAAAGAACAAAAUGGUUUGUCGUAUUGUUUUUUGGGCCCGGUUUUUUAUUUACUAUAAAACAUCAUCUUACGUAUUAGAACCAUGGAGUGGAAUAGGCUCCAAAACAUUUACGAGGGCUAGCUAGAACAUGAAUCUGCUUCCUCAUGGUAAAUCACUGCUCAGAGUAAGGAAUUCACACUCGAUCACCUGUUGUGAACUUGUGAGAUAGCAGACUUAUAGAAGUAUUGAAUCACCUACGAGCUGUCAUUUUCAAUCCUCAUAGUCAGCAUGGUAGGCAAUCAAUCAAAUGCUAUUUGUGUGAUUGCCUAUGCCCAUAGGCAGCAGUGGCAGCUCAUUAUAACCUAAUCUGCUAUUGUUGACAAUAAAAAAUGUUCUCAUUCUCAUUAUAUAUAAGAUUAUAUUUAAAAAUUCAAAUAAGUAAUAUAAAAGAUGAAAAUAAACAAGGUGCUUAGAAAGUACACCGUUUGUUAUAAAUGCUAUUUAAUGAUAUAUCAUAAGUAAACCUGGUGUAGUUAUAUCUGUUAAAUUUGUUAUAAUAACAAUAAAACAGUCCAACACUGUAGCCCAUAAACUAUCUCCGCAAAAAGAUAUUCCAUUGCUUCAUUUCUAUGUGAUAAAAAGAAAAACAAUAUAAAAGAUAAUAUUGUUAUAAUUUUAACCAGUAACUUCUAUAAAAAGUUUUAGUGAAAACAAGCUGUGUCAUAGACGUGUUGUAUAAAAUUUUGUUUAUUAAAUUAUAUUAAUGUGGUAAUUAAAUUUUAAUGUUGUGUGCAAGAUUAUUUCAUUGAAUUAUUGUAAAAAUUAUUAUUAUAUUUUUCAGUAGUCUAUAUCUGAAUUAUAUUAUUAUAACAGCUUAAAAAGUAUUUUUAGUCUAUAAUACUCAAAUUGUAAUUAUUAAUUUUACGUAAUUUUUGUUUUUACAAUUAAAUAAACCUGACUGUUGUGUGCUAUUUUA